CGUAUUGGCGCCACACGCAGAUAGCUUAUCCUGAUUUCUGUCGCUCAAAGACACAGAACCACAGGUCCAGAGGGGAGCAUUUUCACAGGAAGAUUGAGACUUGAGAGUGAGAAAUGCGAAGCGUAACUCUCUCACACAUAGCUUGGAAGCCACACUCACUGCCUCCAUGGCCUAAACCUCUUAAGCCUCACGCCACCUUUAGCUUAUUUCCUUUGAAUUCUCUUUCCAAAAAGCUUAGCUCCAAUCUGUUCUUUCGCAACCCAUGUCUUAUUUUCUCGAGGUAUCCAAAACAAUGGUGUGAGAACCCAAUAGAAGAGGCAUUUAGACAUGUUCUGCAAACAAUUUCAAAGAAUUUGGAUGGCCUUGAGGUUACGGGCCUUGAUUGCCAGAACUUCCAAGCAAUGACAGAAUCAAUGCUGGUUCUAGAUGAUUUUUAUGUCUCAAAAAAAUCAACCUCAAAGCAUAACUCAACAAGGGAAUAUCAAAUGAAGGCUUCCACUAAAUCAUAUGUUGGUUUGCUGAAGUUUGUGCUUCUGUUUGGGUACUUAACACUUCAAGGCUCUCAUCAGGCAUUUGCAGGAACAGAUUUUGCCACUGGAUUGCAGUCACUUCCUUAUUUAGGGGACCUUGGUGAUAUUACCACAGGUUUUGCUUCAGCAUUCCUGCUGAUAUUUUUCUCAGAACUGGGAGACAAGACCUUUUUCAUAGCGGCACUUUUAGCAGCUAGGAAUUCUGCUGCAAUUGUUUUCACUGGGACCUUUGGUGCACUUGCGGCAAUGACUAUCAUAUCCGUUGUUCUUGGACGAAGUUUUCAUUACAUUGAUGAAAUUCUUCCAUUCAAAUUUGGUGAGAAUGAUCUGCCUGUUGAUGAUAUUGCUGCAGUUUGCCUUCUAGUAUAUUUUGGGGUUUCAACACUGAUUGAUGCUAACUCAAGUGAUGGUCUAAAAGCAGACGAUGAAAAAAAGGAGGCAGAGCUAGCAGUUUCAGAAUUCUCAGGAAAUGGCGCUGGCAUUUUAGCAGCUGCUAACACCAUUUUCAGUACUUUCCUCUUGGUUUUUGUUGCUGAAUGGGGUGACAAAUCAUUUUUCUCCACGAUAGCCCUUGCAGCAGCAUCUUCGCCUAUCGGUGUCAUUGGUGGAGCCCUGGCUGGCCAUGGUGUUGCAACUUUGAUUGCUGUUUUGGGAGGUUCUUUGCUUGGGACAUUCUUGUCAGAAAAGGUAGAUAUAAAAACUUUCAACACUAUCUACAGUCAAAACACAUUGCAUUGUCUUGUCUCCCUCUCUCUACUGCUCAUUUAGGAUUAUCAUAUGGUGCUAUAAAUUCCAGCUCUAAUUGACCUUACUUUUGUUUCUCAAAAUAUUUUGUAAAUCAUCUAGGCAUAAAUCAGAAGUUGAAACUUUAUUAGCUACAAAUUUAUUCCAGGAGUUGUCAUAAUAAAUCUCUAUCCAAACUAAUUGGUGACAUCAGCAUCUCAACCUUCUGCCAUAAAUCCUGUUCAACUAUAAGCCUCCAACUAAACUCAACAAAGCUUUAAUCCAAACUAGUUGGGGUCAACAAAAUGGAUCAUUUUCUUCAAUUCGACUCGGUUUAUGGCAGCAUCUUCAAGAAGAUUUAGAGCUACUAAACCCUUAUUCACUCCAUUUUACAUAACAAUUUGUUCUUCAGGUUCUAGAAACACAUAGCAGCCCACUAUCAUAGUACAGAAUUAUUUCAUUAGAAUAUUAGAUUUUUGAUUUCUAUGUGGUGUAAUGAAAGUUGUAAUGGAACUAGUUACCACUACAUUGAAUUUAGCCAUUAGGCUUCAUUUCUAUUUUGGUAUAAAUUGUCUGGUCCAAAGUCUAAAAGCGGCAACAUCAUGUUAUUUGUACCUUGUAAAGGUUCCAUUGUUGGACCAAUGUGAUCAGGCAACCACAUAAAUUUUAUCCCUUGGGACUUCACCAGAAGGAAUAUCUAAGCUAGUGGGCUGCAUGCCUUUGUAGGACAUCUUCAUACCUUGAAAUGAAUUUCCACACAAUCAUGCAUGAAUUCUAUUUCUUUUAAAAUAAAAAAUUUUUUAAGUUAAAAAGAAUUGAAUCCUUUCAUUCCAAACAUGAGAAUUAGCAGCAAGAAAAAAAAAUCAAUUGAAUUGAAUUCUUGCAAAAUUCUAUAUUCCAAACAAGGGGAAUAAGUGAAGCAUAAUGUAAUGCAGCCAAGGAAUUCAAGAAACAUAGCAUAGCAUAUCAUAAAGAAAUUUCUCAUGUACAUUGUAAGCAUUAAGGAAGCUAAACUCAAUUUCUUGGGCAGACCACUGCGUACAUUGGAGGCAUUCUUUUUCUUGUCUUUGCUGCUGUAACAUUGAUUGAGAUAGUGAGUUAAAAGGUUAGAAAAAUAUGCAGAUUUUUCUACUAGAUCAGAAAUUCAAAUUCAUAUUAUGUUUCUAUGAUCUCUGUAGGAUGACCUUUGCUUCCAUUGCUAAGAAUUUUUUGAUAUUGUUCAUCUGUGGUUCAACUAUGUGUAAAUACUCUAUUGAGAUGUACUUUAUCUUGACAGAAGUUGAGUCCAAAAUCUUGAAAUGAAACAAGAGUGGAUGGUUGUACAUGCUUA